GUGGAGGAGUAUAGGCUGUGCUGUCAGCCCAGUGUCAGUCUGAUGAAGAUUGGCAUGCAGAAUCUUUGACGAGUUGGACCCUAAGCCACAGUGAAAACACAAGUGAAAGGUCCUGCGCUGUGGUGGGCCAGCUAGCUUCUCAAUGUGACACAAUCCCAUGAUGCAACAUGCGUCCCCAGCACCUGCAGUGACAAUGAUGGCCACCCAGAGUGUUCCUCCACCAACGUACCAGGAGAGCCAACAGAUGACGGGCACAACUCAGCAGAACAACAAGACCCCUCAGGUCCACAUCCCAGCAGCCUCCACGGGAGGAAAUGCUUCUGUCAGUGUGACCCUUGACCCCCAGGCCCAGCUUGAAUCUGACAAGAGGGCUGUUUACAGCAAGAUGUCCUGGGAAAUAAAAACCACCCUAAGAAAUAAGAGACACCCAUUGUUCCCCCUGCUGGCUUUGCUGUUUGAGAAAUGUGAGCAGGCGACACAAGGAUCUGAGUGCAUCACGUCCGCCAGCUUUGAUGUCGACAUUGAAAACUUUGUUCACCAGCAGGAGCGGGAUCAUAAACCCUUCUUCAGUGAAGACCCAGAAUUAGACAACUUGAUGGUCAAAGCCAUUCAAGUGUUGCGGAUCCACCUGCUGGAGCUGGAGAAGGUCAAUGAACUCUGUAAGGAUUUCUGCAACCGCUACAUAACGUGCCUCAAAACCAAGAUGCACAGUGACAACCUUCUCCGUAACGACCUGGCGGGGCCCUACUCUCCGACGCACACCAGCCUCAGCAUGCAGCAGGAAUUAAUUCAGACCUCUCCGUCCAUGACGUCCGUGUCCAACUCUGUCAACUCUUCAGGGAUUGUGACGCCCAGUGCAGGUCUGCAGCAGGGCAGCGUUUCCAUGACCACCAUAAACUCUCAAGUGGUAUCAGGUGGGGCGCUGUACCAGCCAGUUGCCAUGGUGGCGUCACAGGGGCAAGUGUUAGCGCAGGCUUUGCCACCGGGAACCAUUCAGAUCCAGAACGCACAGGUAAAUGUUGAUUUGUCAGCACUACUGGAUAGUGAGGACAAGAAGUCGAGGAACAAGAGAGGAGUCCUCCCCAAACAGGCCACCAACAUCAUGCGCUCUUGGCUCUUUCAGCAUCUUAUGCAUCCGUACCCGACAGAGGAUGAGAAAAGGCAGAUUGCUGCACAGACAAGCUUAACCCUUUUGCAAGUGAAUAACUGGUUCAUCAAUGCUCGACGGCGUAUCCUCCAGCCUAUGUUAGAUGCCAGCAACCCUGACCCAGCUCCCAAAGCAAAGAAGAUGAAGUCCCAGCAUCGUCCCACACAGCGAUUCUGGCCAGACUCCAUUGUUGCUGGAGUUCUGCAGACACACAGAUCUCAGCUGGGGAACAACUCAGACAACCCUCUCAGCCUGGACAGCCUCCAGUCGCUGUCGUCAGACUCUGCCACCCUGGCCAUGCAGCAAGCCAUGCUCGGAGCCGACGACUCCAUGGAUGGUACGGAGGACGAGGAGGAGGAGGAGGACGAGGACGAGGAGGAGGAAGGAAUGGAGGAGGAGGAGGAGGAAGAGGAGGAGGAUGGGGAGAAUGACACCAACAGGGGGAGCCCCAUGCCGUCUUGCGUGGGAGCGGCAAGGAGAGAGCUGAGCAUGGAGCGCCGGGAAGAACUGGAGCUGGAAGACAUCCAAUCCAGUAAGGUACUCAAAAUGUCGAUUGCCAAGGCAGCAGCAAGGGCUUUGCUCUCCGAUGCCCUGCUACAGGACAAUCCCGCCCUAAACCGUCUUAGCCACCUGGAGUUGGAGCUUCCUCUGGACAAGGUCAUCAAAUAUGUGUCUGUCGGCCUCCCGCUGCUGCUGGUUUCCAUGGCCUUUGCCCGCGAAGUGUCCCUCGGUCCCCAGAUCAGCUGCUUCCCUCCAAGCAAUUUCACAAUCAAGCAGGCCAGCUACGUGGAUACGUACUGCUGGGACUCUCUUAUGCAUCACGAGUUUGAUAACGAUGGCAACUUUGAGGAGCGCUCACUCUGGGUCCACAAAAUGUUUCCGUACUCACUUCUAGCGAUGGCAGUGUUAAUGUACCUGCCGGCUCUCAUCUGGCGCCAGCUGGUCGUGCCUUCGCUCGGCUCGGACAUGCUCUUCAUAAUUGAUGAACUCGACAAGUCGUACAACCGAUCGAUUCGCCUGGCUCAGAACAUCCUGGAUAUGCGACAGAAUACCAAAAAUCCGCUGACGUUUCAGGCAGAGCUGCAGAGAGCCAAGAGGAAGAGAUACUUUGAAUACCCCCUACUGGAAAGAUACAUGAAAUGCAAGCAAAACUCCUACUUCCUCGUGAGCAUGCUCUUUUUGCGAGGAUUCCUCCUGCUAACCUUCAUGACGGCGGCCUGUCUUUAUCUGGCCUACUUCCACCUUUCUGCCUUCCUCCAGGAUGAGUUCAGCUGCUUUGUGCGUAGCGGCAUGCUGCGGGAUCAGAACUGGGUUCCUGAGCUGGUUCAAUGUAAAAUGAUUGGCCAGCUGGUUUUUCAGGUGAUCAGUGUGGCCAACGGCGCCAUCUACGUUCUGUUGGCCCCAAUCGUGGUCUUCAGUCUCAUUCGGCUCUUUGUUUGGGACACCACCUUCAUCUCAGUGUAUGAGGUCCUUCCAGCUCUGGAUGUGGUCAACCAACGCAGGCUCGGAUGCCCCCUGAAUGAUCUCAACGUGCUCCUGCUUUUCCUGCGGGCCAAUGUCGCACACCUGAAGUCCUACGGGAAGGUGAGGGCUUUGUGCUCCCUGGCACCCCCACAGAUUGGUAAAACAACCGCAGGAGAAGGACUGAGCGCCAUGCUGACCCAAGAAGAGAUCGAAGAACGCGAAGAGGCUGCGAUGGAGUUGGCGGAGGAGGCCAAGGAGGAAGGGAAGUUCAACCUCGUGGACAUGAUGACUAUUCUGGGAGCCGCGCAGGGAAGAGUUUCAAACAGCAGUGAACAGAGGCCAAUGAAGGAGGAGAAUAUGAGUUUUGGUACUGUCUCACUAAUCUACACACUCAAACGCAUUUUGCUAGUGCUUAUAUUCACUUACAUCAUUUGGGAUGUGCAGAAAAUAUUUUAAUGCAUGCUCAAGAAGCACAUUGGAAAGAAGGCCAGAUGUUCAUACUUAAAGUUGUCUUGUACACAAGAUAAAGGAGGACUACAAUUACCAAACUUCUUACAUUAUUAUAUCUCCUUCGG